CCAAAAACGUGUAAUAAAUAUGAACAACAUUGUAGGUCCCAACAAGCUCUCACUAGGUGACUCUAAAUAACAUGGUCCAAUUCGAGUCGAAGUGGCUGAAAUGCCGUAGCACCCCAGAUGUGACUGUGAAUCCCUCUGCACGAAUAUUUUGCUUCCCGUGGGCAGGCGGCAAUGCAUCUCCGUAUGUAUCCUGGGGUAAUGAUGAUACGCUGAAGGCUACAGGUAUUGAGGUGUGGACCGUCGAAUACCCUGCGCGACUCACACGAAUCCGAGAGGAAAUGUGUGAAACUAUGGAGGAACUCGUAGAUAGCAUCGUGCAGAGCAUACAUGCGCUAUUAGAUGCUAGCUCCUACACUCCCAUUAUGUUCUAUGGCCAUUCUAUGGGCGGCACAGUAAGCUAUGAAGUGGCUCUACAACUCCGACAAGUGCCGCACGUAUUGUUUUUGGCAGCAGCAGCCAGUCCAAUUAUAAGUCCGGAGCAUAUCCAGGGAUACGUACCUUGGAAAAAUAUGUCUCAUGAUGAUGCAAUUGACCGACUUAGACGAUUGGGAGGAACCCCUGAAGAGGUUCUAUCAAAUACAGAGUUAAUGGAGGUCAUGCUACCAGCCAUCAGGGCAGAUUUUGAUUUGCUAAACUACUAUAGAUUAGCUAUGAGCCAGAAAGAGAAUAUCAGGCAGGUGAAAUCGCCGUGCAAAGGUGUCUUACUAUGUGGCACCAACGAUAAGGUGGUACCCAUGGAGAAGAUAAAGGGCUGGCACGGGUUGUUCAACCCCAAGCUAUCAGAUUCAGAAGCUGAAUCUGUGAAACAGCCGCUAGACACUCAUAUAAUAGAAGGAAGCCAUUUUUUUAUUACAAAGGUACCAGCCCGGAUGACAGUUAUGAAGAUACUUGUAGAAUAUCUAUGAUGCGAUAAAAGUUAAGAAGUCCCUAAUCAGUUUCUCGUAACUUAUGCGGAGUACAACUUGCGUAAUAAAUAUAUAAACGGUCAGUUG